CCGACGUUUUCCCGAAAGUUUUAAAAUUCAACCUGUCUGUCGAUAUUAUUGCAUUAUUUUUGAUUUCUGAUACCAGGCAAACAGAAAUCAUAGCAGGAGUCAGCUGGCAGCCCAGAAUAAAACCAAAACAGCUGAUAUAUUUCAUGAUGGCUGCCGUUUACAUUUUUCCAGUCAUUAUUCGACCAAUAGGAAAUCAGCUAGGUGGAAGGUAACCGUUAGUCUGAAAUUAAGCGCAUACUAGAGAUGAGCAAACUGAAUGUUUCAUCGUCCGUGUCAUGAGUAAGCCCGAUAGACGCGAAGUAACAGUACAUUUAAUAGUACUUCAUUAUAUUGUGGUAGUAGGGGUAUGUCACUUACCCACUUCAGGAAUCCCCCCAUGGCUUAAAAAUUCGGCCGAGCAGCAGCUAUAAUUCAGUCGAUUCAGCAGCACUGCCAGAGACCCAAACAUUUCGGUCCCUUGUUCGGUUUGCUGCAGCGCAAUUAAAUAGGAUACGUUUGUUGUGGCCAGUGCUGCGACCCACCACCGCCCGCAUCCACCAUUCCCUGGCGCGAUGUCGCAGGUUUACUUGCUACCGGUGGCCACGUUCCUGAUCUUCCAGGUCACCUUUCUCGGCACGUACAUCUUUGCCGUGCUGGAGGGGCAUGUGGUGCCCACGGUUCCGUACAUCAGCGAUGCUGCCACCUACUCACCGGAGAGCUGUGUGUUCGGCCAGCUUAUCAACAUAGGCAGCGUUCUGCUGGGAAUCACCAUCUAUGUGCGCUAUCGCCAGGUGCUGCAGCUGUACGAACACCACCCGGAUUUGGAUGCCUCGGUGCUGCGUCAGAACCGACUGGCCCUGUGGUUCGGCCUGGUGUCCUGCCUGGGCAUCAGCUUCGUGGGCAACUUUCAGGAGACGAACGUGCGGAUUGUCCACUUCAUUGGAGCCUUCUGCUGCUUCGGCUGCGGCACCUUGUACUUUUGGAUGCAGGCGCUCAUCUCGUAUCUGAUCUUCCCCAUGUCGGGCACCCGCAUUUACGCUCACUUGCGGCUGGGCAUGUCCGUGGUCUGCACGAUACUGUUCAUCCUGCUAGCGGUCACCGGCGUGAUGUCGCACAUUCUGUUCAAGGGACAGAAUCCGCGAAAGUGGUAUCCCUCGGACGGCGGCUGGUACUUCCACGUGGUCAGCUCUAUUUCGGAGUGGAUCAUCGCCACCAUCUUCAGUUUCUUCAUCCUCUCCUUCACGAAUGAGUUCCGCGACGUAUCGCUAUCGCAUCCCCAGAUUGCCUUGAUGUCCUAUUCGACCAUCAUUUAGAGGUUACCUUCAUAGAUUAGAUAGGAGUAGAAAUCAGCGUCUGGGUAAACCAGGGUUCCUUCAGCUUCAACAUUUUAAGUACAAUCCAAGGUGACAAGAGCACGGGUCUCGAGGACGAUGUGCUAGUCCGGGUGAUGUGCAAUUGCACUGAGGCAUCUCGCCUGUCUUCCCUCUCUUUCCGGUGCUCUUUCUCUGUCGGAUCGCUGUGAUAUGUGCAAAGUGUUUCCCAAAGAUUGGGAUCGGGUAGUUCCAAGGCGCAGAAAGCUGCUUGAUUGAGGAGUUACAUUUAUUCUUUACCCGCGUUCGUUUUACAUUAUACAUUAGAAUUACUAAAUCAAACUAAUCGGUAGAAAUGAUCUUCAAAUCUGUAAAAAAAAAAGCAAUUAAAUA